CCUCCUUGUGGGCUUUUGUGCUUCAUUUGCUCUGUCCAAGCACCGACACUGCAGCGGCCAUGCCACACCUGUUCGCUAACUCGGCCUUUGGCAGGAUCGCCUACCUCGUAUCCGGAGGCCGUCUAUUCAAGCCACGCGAACUCAGCCCCGACUUCAUUUUGCCUACGCCAUACCGGCAGGCAGUCAACGACAGGCCAGUCCAGCCAUCACAAGAGAAAAAGAAUACCUCGGAUGCGGAUGGAAGGGAAGCCUUCCCAACACCGCCCGAAUCAUCGGGGCAGUCAUCAUCGUCGUGGAUUGAUCCCGAGGUGACGCCAGAGGGGACCAUUGUGGUGGACUGGUACUCACCCGAUGACCCAGACAAUCCGCACAACUGGUCGUUCGCGGCCAAGUUGUUGGUGUAUGUCGAAGUAAAUCUGUUCACCUUUCUGGUCUUCAUGGCCGCUGCCAACUUCGCUGCCGCCGAGGGAGAAUUCGAAACUGUCUUCGGGGUAACGCAAACCGUCAGUGCCCUGGGGCUGGCACUCUAUGUGCUGGGCUACGGCAUGGGGCCCAUGAUCUGGAGCCCCAUGUCUGAAGUGCCCUCCGUGGGUCGCAACCCACCGUAUGUGAUCUCCGUCACCAUCUUUCUCAUUCUCGCAAUCCCCACAGCCCUAGUCAACAACGUGCCAGGGUUUCUAGUCCUGCGUUACUUGCAAGGCUUUUUCGGUUCCCCCGGACUGGCCACGGGAGGUGCAUCUCUGGCAGAUGUGACCUCCAUCCCGAACCUCCCCUAUGGUCUAUAUAUUUGGGGAGCAUGCUCCAUUGCUGGCCCCGCCAUAGCGCCGACAAUAUCGGGAUUCAGUAUUCCCGUAAAGGGCUGGCACUGGUCCAUGUGGGAGAUCCUAUGGGCAGCCGCGUUGUGCUUCGUGGCCCUGCUCUUCCUCCCGGAAACAUCUGCACCUGCCAUCUUACACUUGCGAGCCAAGCGGUUGCGCCAGCUUACGGGCAACACGGCCAUCCGGUCGCGGUCGGAAAUUGAGUCGCAGAACGCCAGCCCCAUGCAGGUUGCCUACGAUGCACUAGUUAUUCCAUGGAAAGUUAACGCACUAGACCCGUCCGUGCUCUUCACGACAGUCUACAUUGGGCUAGUGUACGCCAUCUUCUACUCCUACUUCGAGGUGCUGCCGCUGGUAUACCUGGACAUCUACCACAUGAGCCUGGGCGAGCUGGGGCUAAUCUUCCUCGGCUGCGUGAUUGGCACGCUGAUAACACUCCCCUUUUACUAUGCCUUUGUGCAUAUCUCGCUGAACAAGGCCUUCCGGCGUGGUCAAUUUCCCCAUCCCGAGCACCGGCUCAUCCCCGCCAUUGUUGGCAGUCUGUUUAUCCCCGUGGGACUCUUUCUGUUCGCCUGGACCUCGCGGGCUAGUAUUCAUUGGAUUGUACCCACCAUCGGCUUGGUGAUUGAGGUAUCCGGCAUGACGUUGGUGCUGCAGUGCAUUUUCAGCUACCUGUCCGUAGCGUAUCCCAAGUACAGCGCUAGUCUGUUUGCCAUCAACGAUCUGGCGCGCGCCAGUCUGGCCUUUGCGGCCAUCCUGUGGUCUGGCCCGUUGUAUGCUCGACUGGGAGUGGCGCGGGGCACGACCCUGCUGGCUGGUUUGACAGUGGGCUGUAUUGCAGGAGUGCUGGUGCUCUACUGGUUUGGACCGGCAUUACGAAGUCGCAGUCGGUUUGCAACUUAGCCAAAUUGCCGAACAGUAAUAGCUUUUGCGGGGAAUUAUUCCAGUUGCACAACACGUUGCGUUCCCC